GGGAGAGACGCGGCCGCGGCGGGAGCGGGAGGAGCCGGAGAUGCUGCCAGCCCUCCCGGGGCCGCGCUCGCUCUGCUAUCGCCGCCGAGCCGAGCAGCCUCGUGCUGAACCAGUCGUCCGCUGGGGCCCAUUGCGCCACACUCGCAGCCGGUAGCGCUUCCAGCACCCUCUGCGCUUGGUAGGCGGCCGGGGGGCCCGAGGCUUGUCCGGGGAGGGGGCGAGGGCGGCGCGCAGGCGCCCGCCGCCCGGAAGGCAGGAUGAGCAUCGAGAUUCCGGCGGGACUGACGGAGCUGCUGCAGGGUUUCACCGUGGAGGUGCUGAGGCACCAGCCCGCGGACCUGCUGGAGUUCGCGCUGCAGCACUUCACGCGCCUGCAGCAGGAAAACGAGUGCAAAGGCGCCGCGCGCUCCGGCCAUGAGGGCAGGACCUGGGGGGACGCGGGCACCGCCGUUGGGGGCGGAACCCCCAGUAAGGGGGUCAACUUUGCGGAGGAGCCCAUGCACACCGACUCCGAGAACGGGGAGCAGGAAGAGGAGGAGGAGGCCACGGAAACAGGGGCGUUCAACGCUCCGGUAAUAAACCGAUUCACAAGGCGUGCCUCAGUUUGUGCAGAAGCUUAUAAUCCUGAUGAAGAAGAAGAUGAUGCAGAGUCCCGGAUUAUACAUCCAAAAACGGAUGAUCAAAGGAAUCGAUUGCAAGAGGCUUGCAAAGACAUCUUGCUGUUUAAGAACCUGGAUCCGGAGCAGAUGUCUCAAGUAUUAGAUGCCAUGUUUGAAAAAUUAGUCAAAGAAGGGGAACAUGUAAUUGAUCAAGGUGACGAUGGUGACAACUUUUACGUAAUUGAUAGAGGAACAUUUGAUAUUUACGUAAAAUGUGAUGGUGUUGGAAGAUGUGUUGGUAACUAUGAUAAUCGUGGGAGUUUUGGUGAACUGGCCUUAAUGUACAAUACACCCAGAGCAGCUACAAUCACUGCUACCUCUCCUGGUGCUCUGUGGGGUUUGGACAGGGUAACCUUCAGGAGAAUAAUUGUAAAAAAUAAUGCCAAAAAGAGAAAAAUGUAUGAAAGUUUUAUCGAGUCACUGCCAUUUCUUAAAUCUUUGGAAGUUUCUGAACGCCUAAAAGUGGUAGAUGUGAUAGGCACCAAAGUAUAUAAUGAUGGAGAACAAAUCAUUGCUCAGGGAGAUUUGGCUGAUUCUUUCUUCAUUGUAGAAUCUGGAGAAGUGAAAAUUACUAUGAAAAGGAAAAGUAAAUCAGAAGUGGAAGAGAAUGGUGCCGUGGAAAUCGCUCGGUGCUCUCGGGGACAGUACUUUGGAGAACUUGCGCUGGUAACUAACAAACCUCGAGCAGCCUCUGCACACGCCAUCGGGACUGUCAAAUGUUUAGCCAUGGAUGUGCAAGCAUUUGAAAGGCUUUUGGGACCUUGCAUGGAGAUUAUGAAAAGGAACAUCACCACCUAUGAAGAACAAUUAGUUGCCCUGUUUGGAACAAACAUGGAUAUUGUUGAACCUACUGCAUGAAGCAAAAGUAUGGAGCAAGACCUGUAGUAACAAAAUUACACAGUAGUGGUUAGUCCACUGAGAAUGUGUUUGUGUAGAUGCCAAGCAUUUUCUGUGAUUUCCUGUUUUUUCCUUUUUUUUUUUUUACAUUUACAAUGUAUCAGUAAACAGUAGUGAUAGGCAAUAGGCUUUAACAUCACUUUGUAAAGAGUAGAUCAUAAAAAUAUCAACAUACUGAUAAAUUGAUUUUGUGUUCCACAAAAUUGAAAGGUUUAUUCAGAUGAUUGUAAUAUACUGAAAGUAUCUGUGUCUAAGAAGAUAAUUAAAGGAUGUUAUCAUAGGCUAUUUGUGUUUGUUUUGACUUAUUCAGAUUGAUACGUCAGUGAGUAUGCCCAUGUAAGAAGGAACUUGGCAAUGAAUCAUGCUAUACAGCAUGAUUUCACAUUCUCUUACAACUCAUUGUAUAUAUAGUAAGUACAAUUUGAAUCAUUUUUGUUUUAAAGUUUUUCUGCCUUGAUAAGUUAUGUGCUGGCUUUGGCCUAUUGGUGAAAUGGUAUAAAACAUCAUAUGCAAUUCAAGAACCUUUUAUAUUUUUGCAAUAAAGUACAUUUUGACUUCUUUGGCAUAAUGUCAGUAACCAGUAGUUUUAGGACAGGCGAUUUAGUUGUAAUAGGUGAGAGUCUCUUUUAGAUGAGAGAUCAUUAACAUCUUUUCCUCAUAAAGCAUAUAUCUCUGCUUCCUUUUUUCAAUUACAGUUCCCUAUUCUUUAUCUUUAAAAAAGUGAGUUAGACAUUUAAUGUCACAAAGUUUUUUUAAAGCUUUAAUUUAAAUUAACUUGUUGUCAUCUAAAAGUCUAAGAUUUUAUAUAUAUUACCAAAAAAUCCACACCAAAAAUAAUAUGGGGUCCUUAUCAACAUGCCCACAAGAUAUUUUUUUGUUCUUCACUUGUAUCCAUAUCAUGAUUCUUUCAGAUAUCUGCUCCCAUGGGGUUCCUCCAGGAUGGUAAAAAUAAAUAUAAGCAAAAUCAUACGCAAAGAUAAAAGGAAUUUCUGCCCACUCUGAACAUACCAUUUGGCCUUACCAUUUGCUUUAAUGUAAACUCAAAGAAUGACCUCAACCAGAAUAGAUUUUCAUUGAUAAUUGAUAACUUAUUAUUGGCUACAUAAGAUGAAUUAUUCAGCCAAAGCAAUAUAGCCUUACAUUUCUAACCUAUGUAUAAUCCAAUGUCUGGAGAGAUUAAUUCUAACCAGUUUACUUUUCGGUGAGCAAUUCCAUUUUAGGAAAUGUUUUAAAGAAAUACAUACAUGGGUAAAACUAUUCUGUGGCUAGUGUGCUCUUCUUAGAGAAUGGUUUUGGUCUUACUUGUGUAAUUAAAAUGUGGUUAAAAUAUGUUAACCAGAUAAUGUAUAUAUAAGAAGUUAAAGUAUGUAAAGUGUAACUUCAGCCACAUUUUAGAACACUGUUUAACAAUUUUGUAAACUUUCUUGUAGGAAGAGAGCUGCUUACUAUAUGAAAAUGACUUGUUUUCUAUUUAAUUUUAUUUUAAAAGCCAUGUUAAUAAAUUUAAAAAAAACAGAACCCCAGAUUUCUGGUUCAUCAUUCUGUAUUCUUUAUUCACUUUUUCAGAUUACCUAUUUUGUUGCAUAAGCUGAUGAACUAUUCAUGGAAUAGCAAAAAUGCCUGUUUAAUAAAGAACUCGGAAGCUGUAAAUGCUGGUUACAUUAUUGUUGGUUAUAUUUAAAUUUUCCUUAUAAUGAAGCACACUUUUAUAAUAAACUAUGUGAAUUAUGUUUAA